AGCUUUGAGUAUUUGACUCUCACACUUGACACACAACACAAUCUCUCUCCCUCUCUCUUAUAAUGGACGCUCUCGCUCUCUUCUGCACCGCCUCUCUCAUCGCCGGCGGCCUCUACUGGUUCGUCUGCGUCCUCGGCCCCGCCGAACAGAAAGGCAAGAGCGCCGUUCACCUCUCCGGCGGCUCCAUCUCCGCCGACAAAGUCCAAGACAAUUACAAACAGUACUGGUCCUUCUUUCGCCGCCCCAAAGAAAUCGAAGUCACCGAGAACGUCCCUGCCUUCGUCGACACUUUCUACAACCUCGUCACCGACAUCUACGAAUGGGGUUGGGGCCAAUCUUUUCAUUUCUCUCCUUCCCUCCCCGGAAAAUCUGAUCGCGAAGCCACCCGCGUACACGAGGAAAUGGCAGUAGAUCUACUCAGAAUCAACCCCGGAUCCCGCAUUCUCGACGCGGGAUGCGGCGUCGGCGGCCCGAUGCGCGCAAUCGCCUCCCAUUCCGGCGCUCACGUCGUGGGAAUCACCAUCAACGAGUACCAAGUCAAUCGGGCUCGAACUCACAACAAGAAAGCCAAGCUCGAUUCGCAAUGCGAGGUCGUUUGCGGCAAUUUCCUCGAGAUGCCCUUCGAGAACGAUAGUUUUGAUGGCGCUUACUCGAUCGAAGCAACUUGUCACGCCCCGAAACUCGAAGAGGUUUAUUCCGAGAUUUACAGAGUUUUAAAGCCUGGAUCUUUGUACGUAUCGUAUGAAUGGGUGACCACGGAAUUGUACCGUGGGGACGAUGCGGAACACGUUGAUAUCAUUCAGGGGAUUGAGAGAGGCGAUGCUUUGCCUGGAUUGAGGAGUUACGAUCAGAUUGCGGAGAUUGCGAAGAAGGUAGGGUUUGAGGUUGUGAAGGAGAAAGAUUUGGCGAAGCCUCCGGCGAAACCGUGGUGGACAAGGCUGAAAAUGGGGAGAUUUGCGUAUUGGAGGAACCACAUUUUGAUUACAGUGCUUGCUUUUCUCGGGAUUGCGCCGAAAGGUGUUGUGGAUGUUCAUGAAAUGCUGUUCAAGACUGCUGAUUAUCUAGUUAGAGGGGGUGAGACUGGGAUUUUCACUCCAAUGCACAUGAUCCUCUGUAGAAAACCGGAGAAGAAGACCGCGAAUUAGUCCGAGAUCAGGGAAUUGAAGGUUAUUCUUGUGCUGUCUUUGUCUCUUUUUUUGAUCAACUCUGUUUUGGUUUUGUUAUUUAUCUGUUUUAAUUUAAUGUUUUGCGACUGUGUUUCCAGUUCAAUCUGCUCCCUUUUGAAAUUAAACUCUUGGUAUUGGGGUUUGGGUACUUUUUUAUUGAAGUAGUAGAUGCUGCUGCAAUCUUUAAUUGUAGCCAGAUUACAUAUAACUAGAGAGUUGGACAAUGUCCUCUGAUUUACCUGAGAAGUUUCUCUAGUUUAGUUUUUUUUUAUGUAAUUUUGAAUUUUCAAUGAUAUUUUCAGUGUUGCCAAUUUGAUUGUUUA